AAAACACCGACAUUCUGCCUUCCCCAGGCCCGGUUAUCAAACCUUGCCACCGAAACAAGCAUUGAAUGAAAUCAAAAGGAGGGGAAGAAUGUCCAAAGCUUAAUUUCACCAAACUCCGAGAAGAAUUCAAUUAAGUUCGGACCUUUCUCUUAUUUCUUCCUUCUAUACCACCACAAUAACAACAUUACAUUUUUACUCUUUCAUUGAUUUAUAUCACACACUCAAGUCAAAAUGUCUGCACCAAAAUGGAGAAUCGUAAUGGCAUGCGAUGAUGCCGGUGUCGAUUACAAACAAACAAUCAAAGCCGAUUUGGAGAAAGAUCCUCGUGUGGCAAGCGUUGUUGAUGUUGGUGUGAACGAAAAGACCGACAAGACAGCAUACCCUCACGUCGCUGUUACAGCUGCCAAGAAGAUCGCUGCAGGUGAAGCAGACCGUGGUUUGUUCAUCUGUGGUACAGGAUUGGGUGUCGCAAUUGCUGCAAACAAGGUCAAAGGUAUCCGUGCCGUCACUGCUCAUGACCCAUUCAGCGUUGAACGUAGUGUUUUGAGUAACGAUGCUCAAGUUCUUUGCAUGGGUCAACGUGUCGUCGGUAUCGAAUUGGCACGUAACCUUGCCAAGCAAUGGCUAGGACACGUCUUUGAUAAAGGAAGUGCUUCUAAUGAGAAGGUCAAGGCCAUCUGCAGCUACGAGGAAGAAUAAACGGUUGAAUGUUGAAACCAUUUCAUAGAAGAAAUGAGACAUGAAUUUAGAACAAUACACAGUCAGAUAAUACAUUGUGAUAAUCACAGAAUUGAGUUAAA